CCCCGGGCUGCAAAGCAUGCGCCCCCUAUUGUAGCUAACCGGCAGCAUUAGCUAGCUAUCCUUAUAUUUGCGAGAAGAUAGGAUGGAAAGCCGUGAGGGGAUGGAGGUGGACGACUGGGACUCCAGUCUGGAGGAAGAACUGGGCAUUUCUCUGGAUGAGCUGAGGAAGUGGAUUGAAGAUGCCGUGGAGAAGAGUGAGAUUGUGCAGAAGAAAAAGGCUCAGCUGACAGAGCUCAAAGAAUGGGUGGAGAAGAAAGAGGAGGAGGAGGCGAUGACUGAGAUGCUUCUCAAAGAUGCUAACCAGUCUGUAUUGGAGUGUGAGAAGCUGGUAAAAGCAACCUACCAUAAGAAUGGCCUCGUUUACCGAGAGAGCAGCUCAGAGGAUGAGGGGGGCGGAGGGGGGGUGUUGUCCUCUGAGGUCAUUGAAAUAGACGACGACGACGAUGAUGACGUCAUUGCUGUCGGCUGUUUGGUUCCUCCAAAGAAGACUGUGACCCCUGGCAAAGAUCCAGUGUUAAAAGAAGCCUCUGCAGCUCUACAGAAAACCUCUCAGCAGGUGCAGAAGUUGGUCCAAAUGGUCCAGAAGCCUUCACCAGGUGUUCCUUUGCUCCGGUCUCCAGGGCAGCCCUCAUCCCAGUCAGGUCUUCCGGGUUCUGUGCCAGCGGUGUUUGUAUCACAGGUUCCAUCUCAGUCCAUGACGCAACCGAACCCGAACAUGCCAGAGGAUGAGCUCAGAGUCGGGAUGAGCAUUCUGGGAAAGAAACGCACCAAGACCUGGCACAGAGGCACCCUCGUUGCUAUCAAUCCUGUUGGAAACGGGAUAUUCAAGUAUAAAGUGAAGUUUGAUAAAGGAAAGAGCCUGCUGUCUGGAAAUCAUGUGGCUUUCGACUAUAACCCCACCCUGGAGAGCCUGUAUGUUGGAGCCCGUGUAGUUGCCAAGUACAAGGACGGCAACCUGGUGUGGCUCUAUGCUGGAAUAGUAGCAGAGAUGCCCAAUAACAAGAACCGCAUGAGGUUUCUGAUAUUCUUUGAUGAUGGCUACGCUUCAUAUGUGACACUACCUGAGCUCUUUCCUGUUUGCCGACCAUUAAAACGUACUUGGGAAGACAUAGAGGAUGCAUCGUGCCGAGACUUCAUCGAGGAAUACAUCACCGCCUAUCCCAGCAGGCCUAUGGUGCUCCUAAAGGUCGGCCAGAUAAUCAAGACAGAGUGGGAGGGAACCUGGUGGAAGAGCAAGGUGGAGGAGGUGGAUGGCAGCUUGGUCAAGAUCCUCUUUUUGGAUGAUAAGAGGAGUGAGUGGAUCUAUAGAGGCUCCACCAGGUUGGAGCCAAUGUUCAACCUGAAGAUGACCACAGCCAACACUCAGGAGAAGAAGCUGGCUGGCCAGCAGAGGACACGACCUAACAUGGGAGCACUGAGGAGUAAAGGCCCAGUGGUUCAGUACACCAGUGACGGACACGUUGGAGCCUCUCCUGUCAAAACACCACAGGCCACACUGGGUCAGCUUUCACAGACACCACAACCUCCACAGCCUCCACAGCCUCCACAGCCUCCACAGCCUCCACAGCCUCAACAGCCUCAACAGACCCAACAGACCCAACAGACCCAACAGACCCAACAGACCCAACAAACCCAACAGACCCAACAGACCCAACAGACUUUUCUGUCUGCACAUCCUGCACAGCCUCCACGUGUCGACAAUAAACAUCAGAUGGCGAAGAAGAGCACUUCUCCGUUUGUCCCGGGGGUGGGAGGCACACAUGCCUCCAAACUCUUGCAGUCUCUUUCGUCCAUUGCCAGCACCGUGCCUGGUGGAAGAAUGUUGAAUGCCCCAAACACUUCUAUGCCCGCUUUCGCACAGUCGAAUCAGAGACAGCUGCCAAAUCUGGCUCCGACCCCAUCUCCUAUAACCCACCCGUUGGCUACCAUCCCACAUCAGCCCGCCUAUCGUGCCCCGACAGACCGCAUCUUCUACAUGGCUCACACGUGUCAGCCCGCCUGUCUGAAUCGUGUCCGACCUGCAGAACCAGACAUGCACAGAGGAAAGAACCCCCUCCUCACACCGUUACUGUACGAUUUCAGACGCAUGACUGGACGACGCAAAGUCAACCGCAAGAUGUCCUUCCAUGUGAUUUACAAGGCUCCAUGUGGACUUUGUCUGCGUAACAUGGCAGAGAUCCAGCACUACCUCUUCCAGACGCGCUGUGACUUUAUAUUCUUAGAGAUGUUCUGUCUAGAUCCCUACGUACUCGUGGACCGGCCGUUCCAGCCACAGAGGCCAUUCUAUUACAUUCCAGACAUCACUGGUGGAAAGGAGGACAUCCCACUUUCCUGUGUCAAUGAGAUUGAUUCCACUCCACCUCCUAAAGUAGACUACAGUAAAGAGCGUAUUCCUGAAGAUGGAGUAUUCAUCAACACCAGUGCAGACUUCCUGGUUGGGUGUGAAUGCACAGACGGCUGUCGAGACAAGUCCAAAUGUUCUUGCCACCAGCUGACCCUUCAGGCUACAGGUUGUACACCGGGGGGACAGAUCAACCCAAACGCCGGAUAUCUGCACAAACGAUUAGAGGAGUGCCUGCCCACAGGGAUCUACGAGUGUAAUAAGCGGUGCAAAUGUAAUGCGAUGAUGUGCACCAACCGGCUUGUUCAGCAUGGUCUGCAGGUGCGUCUCCAGCUCUUCAAGACCCAGAACAAAGGCUGGGGCAUCCGCUGUCUGGACGAUGUGGCCAAGGGCUCUUUUGUCUGCAUCUAUGCUGGUAAAAUCUUGACAGACGACUUUGCAGACAAAGAGGGUCUAGAAAUGGGUGACGAGUAUUUUGCUAACCUGGAUCAUAUAGAGAGUGUGGAAAACUUCAAGGAGGGCUAUGAGAGCGAGGCUCACUGUUCGGACAGCGAGGGAAGCGGAGUGGACGUCUCCAGGAUAAAAAUCCAACCAUCUGCUCUAGUAUCAUCUAACCCUGUGGGGCGACCGCCCAAGAAGGGCCAAAGUCCGAGCUCAUCCGACGACAGCAAUGACGACGAUGACAAAGACUCAAAGAGCGAAGAUGAAAGCGACAGUUCAGACGACACGUUUGUAAAGGACAACUACUACAGCUCCAGUUCUGUGUGGAGGAGUUACACCACCCGCGGUCAGGUCAAGGGCAACAAAGAAGGGAGUCAAGACAGUAAAGAUGGAUUGAGUGCGUUGGCCAGGGUAACCGAUGAUGAGAAGCCGCCCUCUAUGCCAGAGGAGACGGGGAAAAGCAAAGUGGCUUCCUGGCUAACGAGCCAGGGGCUAAAGAGGGACUCCGGAGACAGCAAGAGCAGUCAAGUGAAGUCAGAAACAGGGAAGAAGCAGGAUGUGAUGACGCUCUCUGACAGCGAUGAUGUUCAGACCAUCAGCUCUGGAUCUGAAGACAACAAGGAGAGAGAAAAAGUCACCCCAGGUGUGACUAAGAAGCAGGUAGCCGUUAAAUCUACUCGUGGCAUUGCCCUGAAGACCAGCCAUGGUCUUAUGGUAAAAACGGGUGGACAUGUAGGUGGGGGAGGGCCAGGGGGUCAGGCAGGAAAAACAGGACAGCAGGGACAGACUGGAGGAGGCGGGGACAAUGCUCCCAAAAACACCCGCCAGUUCUUUGACGGUGAAGAGUCGUGCUACAUCAUUGAUGCCAAGUUGGAAGGAAACCUUGGGCGUUAUCUCAACCACAGCUGUAGUCCUAACCUUUUUGUCCAGAAUGUGUUUGUGGACACACAUGAUUUGCGAUUCCCCUGGGUGGCGUUCUUUGCCAGCAAGCGGAUCCGGGCCGGCACAGAGCUGACCUGGGACUACAACUACGAGGUGGGCAGUGUGGAGGGUAAAGUGCUGCUCUGCUGCUGCGGAUCUACCGAGUGCAGAGGUAGGCUGCUGUGAUUUAAGGCCAACGUGGAUCUCACUCCAUCUGCUGCAUCUGUAGGAAACUUAGAAGAGCCCCUUCAAUACUGUAAUCGUUUUUUUUUUUUUAAGUUGAAAAACCUUAAAAAAUUUUAU